CUAUUUACCCCUCGCCUACCGAUGUUGUCAGCAUAACUGCUCCGACAGGAGGGGUUAGCUCCAGCUGACGCCUCCGAUAAGCAAUAUGGACAUCAAAGAGAUUAUAAUCUGAAGAUACCCGUCUCAUUGCUGUCCUUUCUGUGACUUGGUUGCGUAACUUGGCCCAAUUCGUGAAGUGACUCCGAUUAUUACAAUGGCUUCAACGUUCGACGUGGCCCAGGUGCGAUCGCGCUUCCCUGCCUUGAAACAGGACCAGGUUUUUAUGGAUAACGCAGGAGGUAGCCACGUUCUAGAUACGGUGAUCGAAUCGAUCCAGACGUACUUGUCGCGAACAAACGUCCAAAUCGGUGCAACAUACAACGUGGCCAAGGCAUGCACGACUGCCUAUAAUAAUGCGUUUGUACCGGCGGCUAAGUUCAUCAACGCAGGUCCAAAUGAGAUAUCCAUCGGCAUAUCCACUACCCAACUCCUCCACAAUCUCUCUACUGCGCUCAACUUCGAACCCGGUGACGAACUGAUUCUCUCAAAAGUCAACCACGAAGCCAACAUCUCUCCCUGGGUUCGGAUCGCCAAGAGACUCGGCCUGACGAUCAAAUGGUGGUCCGCGACAGAUGUGAAGAAUCCUGUCUGCGACCUUGAGGAGCUGAAGAGUCUGCUGUCUGAGAAGACAAGGCUGGUGGCGUGCCCACAUGUGUCUAAUAUCACCGGGACGAUAACGAACGUCAAGGAGAUUGCAGCCGCAGUGCAUCAAUUUCCGAGGGCACUACUUUGCGUUGAUGGAGUCGCUUUCGCACCUCACCGACACAUAGAUGUAAAAGAAUUAGACGCAGACUUCUAUACCUUCUCCUGGUACAAAGUCCUCGGCCCACACAUCUCCCAACUAUACGCCUCCUCCCGUGUGCACUCCGAGAUCACGCCUCUGUGCCAUUACUUCAAGGACCCCGUGACCCUGGAUAUAAUGCUGAACCUUGCAUCCGCGAACUACGAAUUGACCCAAAGCCUUCCCUGCGUGGUUGAGUACUUUGGCUCAGAUAUAAAGACAAAGUGGGGACAGAUUGCUGCAUACGAAGAACAGCUGCAAGAGAUUCUUCUCUCAUACCUUCGAAGCAACCCGCGCAUUACCAUCUACGGAGAGCCGUCUGCAAACAAGGAUCUACGAGUCCCCGUUGUCUCAUUUACGGUGAAGGGAAUGAAAAGUAAGACGGUGGUAGACGAAGUGGAGAAGAGGUCGAACUUCGGGUUCCGCAACGGGCAUAUGUACAGCCAUCGACUGCUGCAGGAGAUCAUGCAUCUGGAAGAUGUGGAGGAUGGCGUUGUCAGAGUCAGCAUGAUGCAUUACAAUACUGAGGAAGAAGUGAAAGGCCUGGUUAAGGUCUUGGAGGAAGUCAUCCUGCCGAAUUGAAAUAUCCUGGGAGGAUCGAGCCGAUAGUAGCAAAAAUAUAGCAUAUCGAUAUAUUAUCAACAGCGAGUAGUCCUAUCCUCAGUAGUCGUGGAGUAGAAACAUUCCUGCCUGAGGCGAACAUAGAUAUACCAC